UGUAAGUAGAAAUCAAAUGUUGUUCGUUAUUUAAAUAUCUAAUCAAACGUUUAAACGGCUGUGAAUAUUUAAGUAUUUAUACACUGCGUUAAAAGUUUUUGAAAUUUGUUCAAGUAAAAGUAUUAAAAAUUCUGUGUGUAUAACCUCAACGGGCCAAAGUUAACAUCUAAUAGAAGAAUAUUUAAAGUGUAUCAAAACAAACAACAUAUAGUCUCUCUGAUUAAAAUAAGAAAUAUAUUAAUUUUUAUAUCUAACACAUAAGCAGUUAAUUCUUUUUAUGGAACCAAUGGCAUUAGGAUCACCUGUUGGAAGUCCAGUGCAAAGUCCUGGAAGUCCAGGAACUUCUGCAUACCUCCCAAAUUUCCUUCUAGGUGAUUCUACAACGCCUGCCAAAAUAAGUUUGAUGGGCCCACAAGAUAUUCUGAAACAGUCACACAUUGGUCACAGUGCACUGACCUCUCCACCUUCCCACUAUGGUACUCCAGAUUAUCGUAGUAAUCGUCAGAAAGCUGUGUUCGGAAGUGCUAAUACUCCUAACACAUCACAAAUAGUCACAGAAAGCCACACUGGUGGACCUCCAACGAGAGGACUAUUCGAUACUCUAGAAACUUCUCAAACUGCAUCACCCUACUUGUCAGCAACAAAUCAAAGUAUACCUUGCUAUCAACCAAGACUUUUAGUGAAUAGUAUGAAUACUUCUAUAUUUAACGAUGGUGCAAUGAGCCCUAAUGCAAAUGAAUCACAAGGUCUUUUGCAAUGGGUAACCGUUUUCGGUUUCUCUCCUAGUGAUAUGAAUACAGUUUUAGCUCACAUCUCGAGCAGAGUUCGCGUAGUGGACAAACAUCCUCCACCACAUUCACAGAGCAACUGGAUACACUUAAAAUGUGCUUCAGAAUUAGAAGCACAAAGGGCACUCGCGUGUAAUGGAAAUAUAGUAUCUGGAUCUAUAAUGAUCGGUUUGAUCCCUUGUACAGACGAGGGUGUUAUAUUAGGGUCGGAUAAAGAGAGUCGUUCAAGGAUGAACGGAAGUACUAAAUGUUUCUCGAACCUAGCAAGAGUCACUCAUUCGCCAGAAUACAGUACACCACGUACACCUGUUAGGAUACAAAAUGCAAGGCCACUGGCAACUGGUUUCAAUCAAAAUCUUAGUUCACAAUCAGUGAGAUCGCCUGAAAAUGUUCCACAGAAAUCUACAGGUUUAGUUUCGAAAGCAAUGGAAUACAUGUUUGGGUGGUAAUUUUGACUGAAGACAAUUAUACAUGCUGUUUCGAUAAUGACAAAUAUUAUUUAAUAUGUAAUUCUCCUUAUGUUCUUAUAAAAAUCGAAUGCAAUAUAGACAUGAAUAAUCCGAGAGAGGAAUAUAUAUAUAUAUAUAUAAAAGAUCCCAAAAAUGUCUGUUUACGCUUCUUUACUAUCGAUGGUACCAAAUAUAAAUCUUUAUAAACACCAAUUAUCACAUAAUGCUAUGUCUAAACUAUGUAUUUCUCUAUUAGUACUUUUUUCUACUUUAAACUACUAUCAAUAUUUAAUCGGUUCUAUCGUAAUAUAACACAGCUUACGAUUAAGGGACGUUAAAAUUACUUUCGCAAUGUUGAAUCACGUGUAUUGCAUAGAUAUUAAUUAAAAUGGUCCGUUUCUUAA